GCCCUGCGCAGUGGUGGUGGCAUGGGCGCGGGCACCGGCGCGGGCUGCGGGAGCCCGGCUUUCUGCCUGGCCCGACCCGCUCGCGGUGGCCGCGCGUCGCAGCCUUUGCUGUCCGCCGGGAGGCGGUCACCGCAGCCGGCGCAACUUGCCUCGGCGCCUCUGUAAGGAGCGCAGCGCGGAGAGAGCUUGCGGGGCGCGAUGCCUCCGGCCGGCGGCCCCCGCACACCGCGCCCGCACGCGCUGCCCCGCAGCCUGUCCCGCUUGCGCGAGUGCCCGGGCCGUUCCCGCAUCGUUCUGGCUCUCGGGGCCACGCAGAUGGCGCUCGGAUGCCUCAUCGUGGCCGUGAGCUUCGCGGCGCUGGCGCUCACCACCUCGGCCCGCGUGCGCCACUCCUGCCCUUUCUGGGCCGGCUUCUCGGUGCUGCUGUCUGGACUCAUUGGUGUUGUCUCCUGGAAAAGGCCUCUCUCACUUGUGAUCACCUUCUUCAUGCUGCUCUCUGCAGUGUGUGUGAUGCUCAACCUAGCCGGCUCCAUCCUCUCCUGCCAGAACGCCCAGCUCGUCAGUUCCCUAGAAGGCUGCCAGUUGAUCAAGUUCGACAGCGUGGAGGUGUGCGUCUGCUGUGAGCUGCAGCACCACUCAUCGGGAUGCAGCAACCUGGGGGAGACGCUGAAGCUGAACCCGCUGCAGGAGAACUGCAAUGCCGUGCGGCUGACCUUGAAGGAUCUCCUCUUCAGUGUGUGUGCCCUCAAUGUCCUCUCCACCAUCGUGUGCGCAUUGGCCACAGCCAUGUGCUGCAUGCAGAUGGUCUCUGCUGAUGUCCUGCAGAUGUUCUUCCCACAGAGGUCCCACUCAGCCGGCGCUGCCUGCGUGACCCCACACGGCACCAUUCUCCACCAGACCCUGGACUUUGAUGAGUUCAUUGCCCCCCUCCCGCCUCCACCCUAUUACCCUCCGGAAUACACCUGCACACCCACAGCGGAGGCCCACAGGGGCCUCCACCUGGACUUCGCUUCCUCUCCGUUCAGCACCCUAUACGAUGUUGCCAUCAACAGCCCUGGCAUGCUGUACCCUGCCGAGCUGCCGCCACCAUAUGAGGCUGUGGUUGGUCAGACUCCUGCCAGCCAGGUUCCAAGUGUUGAUCACCAGGUGGCUGACUCCAGUUCCGGGGACCCAAACACUGCUGCUGGCUUCAGCACACCAGUGCCUGCCAGUAGCACAAGUCUCCCAACAUCAGAGGGUGCCGCCUCACUGGGUCCAAGCCACCCAUCCCCUGAUGGCACUUUAGACACCCCACCACCUCUCCUGUCUACUCCAGUCCCUCACCGUGUGUCUCCAGAAGCAACAAGCUUGAGCACACAGACACAACCAAGCCCAGGGCGUGUGGCCCGCUCAGCCAGCGACCCCACCUCCUGCACAUCCAGUGAAGCAGUCUCCGCAUCACGCCCAGCCGUAGCGGCCUGUCAGCACCAGCUCUCACCCCCUGGCAACCCAGGUACCUGGAAAAUGGACCAAGGAACCAAGCCAGAGACCUUACAGACCGUCUCCAAAGAGAGGCCACACUCCCUGGUGGAGAGCAAGGCCUACACAGACACCAGGGUUUUGGUGGCUAAGUUCUUGGAACACUCACACUGCACUGUCCCUUCGGAGGUGCGACACGUGGUGGGCACUGUCCGCUCAACGGUCACCUCGGAGGAGCCAAGGGUGGAGGAGGCCAUCUUCGGUGCUGGCGUCCUGGACCAGCUAUGAAGCAGCUACAGACCUGGAUGUGGACAUUGAUGGGCCCAGUGCCUGCAAGGACCAGUCCUGCAUGAAGCCACCAUGCUUGAUAGAGAGAGGCCUUGGCCUGCUGGGCAGAGAACAUCCAGAAUACCCAGGAGAAGCUCUCUGGUGGCCCAGGCAGGGAACUGUUACUCUUUCUCCCAUCAUUGUCUUCCCGGGACUGUUUGUCCCCUGUCCUACUAACUCAGACAUGUUUCUCUCCUGCCCUCAGCAAGCUCUGGUUGCUUCAGGAGUAUAGCACCUUGAACUGAAGAAUGUGACAGAAACACCUAUCCAGGGACAGGUGACGCUUGUGGAACAUAAGGACACUGCACCUGUUCCAAGUCAAGGCCUUUAACACAAGGUUCUCUUCUGGGCCCAGUUGAGUUUGGGUAGUGGGUGGCAGCAGCAAUGUGGCUGGUGUCACUCUGCAAUGAAACCUUCAUAAAAUCCAGACCCACUGCUUCCUUUCACAGGAAACGGGCAAUGCUAGCACAGCCUGGGCCCCCCCCCUUGUGCUCACUGAGCUAUCGUGCAAAUAGAUGCACAAUGAAAACUCUUCCUAGGCACUACACAAAAGCUUGAAAUGCCCAUAGUGUCCUAGGCUUCCCCACUAAGCCUCUGUCUGUGGGCUGCUGUCCCCACUUCCUUUCCUGAGCCCCGCCCACCAUGGUCUCCCACACUUUAACCGCAGCAAAUAAUUGUUAUUUGUGUCUUAACAGUAUGCUCCUCUCCCCAUCCCUUUGAGAACUUCCCCUGGGACCUGAACUCACCCAACUGAGCUGGGUAGGACUGAGUCUGGGCUAAGAAGCAUUUUUCUCUGCUGUGUGUGCACCUUUGGCUAAGGUAUGCCUUUCCUGAUCCAGAGUUGUCCCUGUUCAACUCAGGUGGCAAUAGGCACACCUGUGUUGAAGGAUGCAAAUGUCCAGUCACUUAUUUCUAGGAGAGUGCCAGGAGUGAAUGUGCAAGGCAAAACCAACUUUGGCACAACCAGGGUGGCUUUUGGCAAAAUAAAUGCCCCUCCCACCAUGAACUUUCUUGGCUGUUCAGAGCCUCAUUUUCUGGCAAGAUCAACAGCAACCACUUUUCAGCAGUGGGUCUGGAGCAACACUGCCUGCAAGAACUUCCUGCAAAAAUGGAAACACCCAAAGCUGGUUCAUCCAAGCCAGCAGCUCCAAGCAUGUGAGAUCACCGCACCCCAACCGGCCUCUUGACAGAAAAGUCCUAAGUCUGUUGGAAGUGCCAGGGUGGAGCAGGGCAUGGCCAUCACUGCUCAGUGUCCAGCUGGUAGGCUUAAGCAGCUCCUCUGUUUCACCUGUCCUUGCCUGUCCUUCAGCCUCCACACCCCUGUUCCAGCCCCCAAAUUCCCUGUAGCCAAUAUUCUGAGGACCUUCGUGUAUUUGGAAGCUGUGGGGCUUCAGUCCCACAUAUGGCUUGGGAAACACCCAGUGGUGAUCAACUCUUCAUGGUCUGAUAACUUUACCAUUGCCAUAAGUUGUUGCCUUCCUGAGUUAGGGACCUGGAAAACAUAAAUCAGGCAUUUGAUGGCAACCUUGCCUUUUCCGCAGGAGCUGUAAUAGAGAUGAAUUUUUGAACACUUUAUUCAGACUAUAAAAUCCUCUUAAUUUUUCUCAGAUGAGGACUCAGUCAAAUCCCUUACAGGUAGAAUAGCCUCCCCCAAGCCUAUCAGCUUGAAAAACUUUCAUAGCCUGGGUGCGUGGCAUUUUCAUCGCCUCAAAGAUGAAGUGGAGUGAGGCAGCCGCAGGGUAUCUCCUGAUUGGAGGGUCCAUGCAGCAGUGUGACUAAGCAUUUGUGGGUCUCAGAACCAGCUGAGAUAUGGGAGAGGCCAGGCCCGUCCCAUCCCAACUGACCCAAGCUCCAGGAUAUUUUCCUAGUGUAGCCAGGGUGAACAGUCUCUGGACACAGCCAGGACUCUGGCGUUCAUGCUGUCGCUCUGCCGCAGGCCCUCAUCUGUUGGCCCCGUGGCACUCUGGCCUCAACCUGCACCUCCCCUCAGCUGCAAGCUACCACCACCACCUGGAAGCCCCGAGCGCCUUGGCAGCCUCAAGAAAGCGGUACGCAAAAACCAUGCUGGCUAGGUUAUGAGAUGGCUCCCCUAACAGGUUUAUCUUCUGGAUAAAGAAACCGCAGGACUUCAUGCUCCUGGGUGGGUGAAAACCCCUGGCUCCCAGAAAAAGGCAGUUAGGAUGGAGACAGGGCAGUCUCCAUGCACCUUCGCAGGGCCACAGGUGGCCCACAUGAACACGAGGAAGGCUCCAGGCUUCCAGAAGUCACAGGUAUUGGUUACAGCCACUAGAUGAUGUUCUUGCGAUUUGACUCGUCUCUUCUGGGUCCCUUGGCUCUGCCUUGGUGAUGACCUAGUACUAGGACCCCCAGGCAAUAUGUGGGUUCCCUGAAGCAAAAACUGCCAACCUCCACAUUACUUGCACAUCCUUUUGUAGUGGAAACUUUUGCCCUGCUCCCCCCCCCCCCCCUCGCCCCAAUAUCCAAACUGGGCCCAACAGCGAUCAUUUGGGAGGGAAUGCUCUCAAUUCAGGCUUGCUAGGUCCCGGGCCCCAAACCAAAAAAUAAAAGGCCAUCCCCUUUAGGACAUCCUUCAAGUGUCUAAGUGUCUGCCCAGGCAGGAAGAUGCUGAUGUGAACACACGGUGGACAUCAACUCUACUUCAAGGAAGGCAGGGGCAGGAGGCCCCAUCACAAGGACUAAAAGGUCUCCUUCUCAGGGAGGCCAUGAUAAAACGAAAGGCUUGCAACCAGCCCUGGAACGGAAAGCUUGUGUCGGAUCUUCCCUCCUCCCCCCUCCCCUUGUGCUAUAGCAGCCUACAGAUGCUGCUGAAGCAGAAUUUAUAGGGAAUUGUUUUCAGGCCACCAGAGAGCUGUUUGUACAACUUGAAAGGUUGUAUUUAUUUAACGUACCUAAAGGUGUUUUAAUAAUGAUCAGUGUUUUAAUAAAAGGUAUUUCUGGUC